GUUUCAGAUUAUUAUCGGCGAGACAUCAGAGGAUCGAAUCCUGCCGUUCUCAUUUUCUCUCACCGACUAUUUUUUCCCCGGAAUUCUUCUUCUUCCUCCGGCGAGCGUUGCUCCUGACAUUUCUGUUUGCAUGGACCAAAGCAAGAGCAGAAAGGGGAGAUUCGCGCCGAAAGCUCCCACACCUCGCAAGAAGCCCCAAACCGACUCUCCCAAAACUGGCAGAGAGGUGAACGGGGAAGAUGGAGAUGAAGAAGCUGCAGCACAGGCAGAGGCCCAGAUGCUGCUACACCGUUUCCACGAGAAUUUCGGGCGACGAGGAGCAACAGUUGAAAAGAAAUCUCCAGUGCAAGUGGCGUUCGGACCAGGAGCUCCAUCAUCUGCCUCGGCCAUAAGGACCUAUGGUGUUCCCAAGGAAGAGAGAAGUGAUCAAAGCAGUGGUUCUAGGCUGAGAAGUUAUGCUGCUGCCAAGGGACAAACUAUCUCCCCGCCUAUAGUUGCCAAGACAGAUGCGAUCGAUGCAACUAUGGAAGAUGCUACUGCUGAAGUUCCUCGGAAGAUCAAGAAAGAAUACAAAGAACUAUGGGAUUUCCAACAUUCAUACUAUCCGACUACACUACCUUUGAGAAUGCCUUACUCGGGAAACCCAGAUAUUCUAGAUGAGAAGGAAUUCGGAGACGCUACUAGAAACUUUGAGUAUGAUGAGGGCAUCGUCAAUGCUGCUUCGGAGCUUGGUCUUCUGGAGGAAAGCGGGAGAGGAAAAAUGAUGUUCUUUCAGCUUCCUCCUAAUUUGCCCUCAGUCAAGAGAUCAACAGGUGUAAAACGGAAAGAGAAAGCUGAGAGCUCAACAUCUUCGGUUGCAGAUGCUUCAGAGAGAGGCUGCAGUUUGGAAGAUCUACCAGGGGGAUAUAUGGGCAAGCUGGUGGUUUACAAAAGCGGAGCUGUCAAGCUGAAGCUAGGAGAAAUGCUGUACGAUGUUUCACCUGGAUCAGAUUGCAUAUUUGCUCAAGAUGUUGCUGCUAUCAACACUGCUGAUAAACAUUUUUGCUCUCUGGGGGAGCUUGGAAAACGGGCUGUCAUAACUCCUGACAUCGAUUCUCUGUUAAAUGACAUCGCCAACGCCGACGCCAGACGAUAGAACUACAAGAAGCGGGAGGGAGCAAAACUGUCGAUGCCCUGCCAGGUCGCAGCAUAUACAACCUUGCUCAAUCUUCCGAGUAGGAUUCUUGGUUCUUUGGCUUGUAAAAGGGGUAGUUGCAGUUGGGAAGUUUUAUUCCCAGUAGGAACUUCGGGGUACGAUUCAUGUAAAGAAAAAGUUGUAACAUCAGAAAAUUUUGCAUCAACAGUCCUUAGCUAUGAGUUAAUCUGUAAGGAGAAUAGCUCCAACGUGCUCUGCUA